AUGGAUGCUAUUUCUCUUGUUGCUGCGGGCAUUGCCAUUGUAACUGUGGUGUUAGGUGUGGUCCACAUUUAUGGUGAUUACAAGCAACUGAUUGAAACCGAAGAGCUAAUAUAUCGUCUUAACAUGAUCGAUACACUAAGAGCCACCGCUGCUUGUCACACGACCUCUGUUGGAUACACCUCGAGAUAUUCAUCCGAAACUGACAUCCGAUAUAAAGUUCUCUGCCAGGACCUUCAAAGGGAGCUGGUCAACUCCAUUCAGGCGGCAGAUUCACUGAACAACGAGGUUUUCAAGAUCUGUGGCGAAACAGGCCCCAAGAUAUCUACGAAUUAUAAUAGUCUGGUAAAGCUUAUGCGGAUGCAGUUCAGAAAAGGGUCGUUCCAGCGCUUGCAAGGUCGGUUAUCCGUUCAUGAAUCCUCUAUCAAAGUUUUGGUCGAUACUAUGACUAUGUACUCCCAAAACGCCCAUGUACUGAGAAUGGACAACCCCAUAUCUACCAAAAGAAGCAAAGUAUUCACUCCCCAACUCGUCAACGCCUUCUACCAAGGGAAGAGUGACUAUUUGGGUGACUUAUUGCAAAUGUUGAAACCAUUGGCUGUCAAAGAAUCGGCACAACACCGGCAAAUGAUCUGUAUUUAUGGCAAAGAGGGAACAGGAAAGACGCAUUUAUGUUCCAAAUUUGCAGAUGAACAUAAAGCCAUUUAUCGGGGUAUCUUCUGGCUCGACGCUGAGAAUGGAUGCUUCGAGAGCCUCGGUCCUCCCUUAACAAAAACAAAGGAGGUUGCGGAGCUGUCUAGUGUUGAAGAGCCAUGGCUCCUGAUCAUCGACAAUGUUGGAGAUCUAGCAGACGCAGAAAAGUAUUUUCCUUCCGGCGACAAAGGACACAUUCUUGUCACGACUAGAUCAUCUCCUCCUGGGAGUGUUGAUUCUGUUCACGUUUCAGAGAUGGACAAGGAAGAGAAAACGCGGUUCCUUCUGUGGUCGGCAGGGUUGGUGAUGCCCUGGGGGAUUCGGAGCGAGCUUGGGCAAAAGAAGUCAUUGCCCAAUUCGGACCAACGUCUAACCUUCUUACCCUGA